CUUAACUGUCAGUGUCAGUGUUGAUUAUGUUUUUAGUUUUUUUAUCAACAUGAAAAUUUUAAUUAUUUAACAGUAACGUAAAGUAAUGUAAAUUAAAUUUUAACAAACAUGGAGUCAGAAAAGGUAACCAUGCUGAGGUACAGAGGGUCAAGACUGAGCAAAGUCAAGAAAUUAGAUAUGUUCCCUAAAGUGGAGGAGACUUUUAAAGAAACUUCAUCUGUUGGUGGAACAUUUUCUAUUAUGAGCUUUUUAAUAAUAACAUUUCUGGUUUAUUCCGAAAUUAAUUACUACUUUGACAGUAAGUUCGUGUUUAAAUUUUCACCAGACGUCGAAUUGGACGAGCAACUUACGAUUAACGUUGAUAUAACAGUAGCUAUGCCUUGUCAUUUUAUAGGAGCUGACAUAUUAGAUUCCACUAACCAAAACGCCUUUAAAUUCGGGGCUCUGGAAGAGGAAGACACUUGGUUCGAACUAGACUCAAACCAACAAAUGUAUUUCGAAAACAAAAAACAUUUGAAUUCGUAUCUUCGGGAAGAAUAUCACGCUGUGAAAGACUUACUGUGGAAAAGUAGUUUUUCGACUCACUACGGAGACCUGCCUAAAAGGACAUUUAUACCCGACAGACCUCACGAUGCCUGUAGAAUUUACGGAAGUCUUACUUUGAAUAAAGUUGCCGGCAACUUCCACAUCACAGCUGGUAAAAGUUUGCAUUUGCCUAGAGGACAUGUGCAUAUAAAUGCAUUUAUGUCCGAAAAAGACUAUAAUUUUUCGCACAGAAUUGACAAAUUCAGUUUCGGGGAUUCUAGUCCGGGUAUUAUUCAUCCUUUAGAAGGAGAUGAGUUUGUUGGUAAUUACGGUCGCACUCUAUUUAAUUACUUUAUUGAGAUUGUUCCUACCAGAGUAGAUACAUUCCUAACAUAUGUGAAUACGUACCAGUAUAGCGUUAAAGCUCUCAGUAGGCCUAUAGAUCAUAACAAAGGCAGUCAUGGAAUACCGGGGUUGUUUUUUAAAUAUGACGUUUCUGCCCUUAGAGUUACUGUUAAACAGCAAAGAGAUCAUUUGGGUACAUUUUUAGCUAGAUUAUGCUCUAUCAUCGGAGGUGUUUUCGUUUGCUCAGGUAUUAUUAAUAGACUCGUGCAAUAUAUUAUUAGUCAUACAAUGCCAAAGACAAGUGUUGCGGAAACAAGAAGUAGAUGAAUUAAUUUUACUGCGUAUUGUAUCUUCCAUUUUUAUUAAGCCCUACAAAAGAUUGUAAUAUUUUAUAUUUUUUUCAAAAAUACAUUCCAUGCAAUUUUAA